AUGGCCAACAAGUAUUUGCAGGAGAAGGUGGCUUACUUUCAGCAGCAAGAUCUGUUGGAUCUUUCCGAGGACGAUGAAGAUUAUCGUGACCCUGGUCUCUUGGCCGCAGAGCGUUUGUUGGGUGGUUCUGCUCCAAUGCCUCCGCCACCGCCCAUUCGCCGCGGGAGUGGUUUUCUGGGACCUACGCCCCCGGAGCGGCAGCAGGAAUUCAAAGCGCACACGACAAAGUACCGUGCGGUCGGACGUGAGUGCGAUCCUGGCUUGAUGCGAUCUUCCACGGCACCAGAAUCAAUUACCCAGAGCUUCCCAGUCACGACAUUCACACAAAGGCAUGGUGCGCCUCAAGGAAAGCUGAAGAAGACAGCGUCCAUGUCAGACAUUGCCGCAAAGGAUCUCACACCCUUCCACAAGCGUAUGGGAGAGAUCCCUCGCGAGCUCAAAAACGCGAAUGCAAAAGCUGCCUACAAUAUCAUCGUUGAGCCAGAGCAUAAACAGCUGCUGAAAGAAAAAAUUGUCUAUUUCUUCCCAAACAAUGACAUCAGUAUGGCGCGACGCCUUCGAAUACAUAAGAUCAUCCAAUUAGGCGCUGCUUGGGUGAAAACAUGGAGAGACGAUAUAACGCACGUUAUCUUCGAUGAUGAUAAACACACAUACCCUCAACUCCUACGUCACCUGAGCAGGGCUGGUUUGCCAGGCAAAGUCGUCGUUGUUAGGUUCGACCCAUAUAUACCACAGUGCAUACAGUCCUCUCUACUGCUCGAUCCCUCGAAAACAAGGUUUCUGGUCAAAGGGGCGCCGCGUCCAAACGAGGCACCAACGCCAACACCUCCAGAGUCUCAAGACUCACUAGUGAUCAAAGCUUCAAGACGAGAACUGACCGCCAACUCGUCUCAGAAGACCGAUUCAGUGGAGCCCGAAGAUACUCCCGCGAAACAGCAUGAGGAUGACCUCCCAACCUCCAGCGGGGACAUAGUAAAGGAUAGUUUCGUACAAGUCCCAGAAUCACCCAUUUUGGAAUCUGCGAAGCUUCCAGAGGAAUUCAAUGACGAGCUCUCGCAAGCCAUACGACAGUCAAGAGCUGUUGCGCAUCUUCCACUUGAUGAUGAAGAAGAGAGCGAGUCGCGACCCACUUCUUCGGCAAGCAUGGACUUUGAGUUUAGUACAGAUGAAGAAAAAUCACUGCCAAGUCCGAAACGUACAAGGAGCCAGACAGCCGCUGUAGCACCACGCAAGAAAUUCGGAGUCAAUCAGAACACCUUCCAAUGUAUGAACCCCAUGGGAACAUCCUCCCCGACUUCUAAUCCUAAUGCACGGACAAUCGAAAUGCUCGAGCAAAUGGGAAAAUACUACGACCAGACGCAGGAUCAGUGGCGUACACUUGCCUACAGGAAGGCUGUCACCACACUGCGGAAACAACAUGUCCAAAUUUCCACCGCGAAGGAGGCUGCGGCGCUCCCAUUCAUUGGGUCUCGCCUCGCUGACAAGAUCGAGGAGAUUGUGUUGACGAAUCGACUGCGCAGAUUGGACAGCGUCCGCGAUGAUCCAACCGACAAAAUCCUCCGCCUGUUUUUGGGUGUUUACGGAGCCGGACUGGUACAAGCCAACAAGUGGAUACAAGCCGGGCAUCGCACGCUCGACGAUUUGCUUGCGAAGGCGAAGCUCACAGAUGCGCAAAAGGUCGGGAUUGAGCACUAUCAUGACUUUGCAACGAGGAUACCUCGAGCUGAAGUCAAGGCGCACGGUGACCAUGUCAGGAACGCUCUGCAACUGAUCGACCUUGGAUUUCAAGCCACUGUCAUGGGUUCUUACCGCCGCGGUGCAAAAGACUCUGGCGAUAUCGACAUCAUCAUUACCAAGCCCGGUGCGACAGUAUCAACUCUGCGAGAUGUGGUCUUUCACACGCUUGUUCCUCGACUGCUCAAGACAGGUUUCCUGAAGGUCAAGCUCGCUACUUCUUCCAGUAGUAAAUGGCACGGUGUGUCUUGCCUGCCGUUGUCGACUACAUGGCGCCGGUUGGAUCUCCUUCUAGUGCCAGAGGAAGAGAUGGGAGCAGCCCUGCUUUACUUCACAGGCAAUGACAUCUUCAACCGGAGCAUAAGGCUCUUAGCAAGCAAAAAAGGUAUGCGCCUCAAUCAGAGAGGGCUGUACAAGAAUGUCAUUAGAGGAAGGCAUGGAGAGAAGCUGAACGAAGGAACUUUGAUCGAGGGCAGGGACGAGAGGAAGAUCUUCGAGAUUCUAGGAGUGCCCUGGCGCGAGCCAACUGAAAGAAUCUGCUAA